UUCCUGUGUUCGCUUCAUAAUGAGAAGCUUCUCUUUGAUGCAGAUGGAAUUCACAGUUAAACCGAAAACAGACAUUGUUGUUAAGAAUAAUUUAGUUGUGAUACAAUCUGUAGCAGAGGGACUUCGUUUGCGUUAUUGAAAAGCCGUUUGCAAGUGGUUUUACUUUUUUUUCUCUCCGUCAUGGAACAAAGGGAGCGUUCUCGGACAAAAUGGAUUACAUACGCGACGCUUCUGAUCUCGUUUUGGACCUGCGCCAAGGGACAAUUUAGAUAUUCUGUAAACGAGGAGGUUCAAGAAGGAACAGUUGUUGGAAAUAUCGCAAAGGAUUUAGGUCUGGAUAAAGCGACGCUGAAAGAGAGGGGGGUCCGUAUUGUAUACGGCUCGACAGAGCCUCCUUUCACAGUCAAUCAGCAUGAUGGCUUCUUGUUUGUGAACCGAAAAAUAGACCGAGAGGAGAUCUGCGACCGCAGCAAGGUUUGUGUGAUUGAUUUAAAAACUGUGCUGCAAAACCCGCUGGAGAUCCAUCACGUGUCUGUGGAGAUUCUGGAUGUAAAUGAUCACGCGCCGAGCUUUCCGGAGAAUAAAAGCACCAUGGUGAUUUCUGAAUCUGCAUUGCCAGGAGCUAAAUUUCUGCUAAAAAAUGCUCAUGAUGCUGACAGUGGGUUAUUAUCUGUUCAGCAGUAUAAGCUGAGCCCAAAUGAACAUUUCCGUUUGGAAGUGAAAGAUCGGGGUGAGGACCGUAAAACACCAAAUUUGGUUCUUGAAAAGUCACUUGAUAGAGAAUCAGUAAAAAGUCACGUGUUACUGCUGACAGCGUUAGAUGGAGGAAAACCUGCAAAGUCUGGAAACAUGACAAUAAUAGUAAAUGUGUCUGAUGUUAAUGAUAAUCCGCCAGUUUUUAGUCAGGAGUCAUAUUCUGUGUUUUUAAAAGAAAACUCUCCUAUUGGCACAACUGUCAUUCAGAUUAAUGCGACAGAUUUAGAUGAAGGUUCAAAUGGGGAGGUUGUGUAUUCAUUUGGCAAGGAUGUAGAUCCACGUGUGCGUGACGUUUUCAAUUUAAAUCCAGUCACUGGAAUCAUUUAUGUGGCAGGAGCAUUAGAUUUUGAAGAGACCGCAAGAUUAGAAAUUGAUAUUGAGGCAUCAGACAAAGGUGCAGUUGCCAUGAAAACCGACAAAACAAUAAUAAUUAUUAUUAUUGACGUAAAUGAUAACGAGCCAGAGAUUGAAGUGACGUCAUUCUCACAUGCACUGCCUGAAGAUUCAAAGCCAGGUACAACAGUGGCUUUAAUUAGUGUUACAGAUUCUGAUUCAGGUCUCAAUGGAAAAGUGAUAUGUUCCAUUAACAAAGAUCUUCCGUUUCUGCUCACUCCAUCUUUGCAAAAAAAUAUGUACUCUUUGGUAACUAAACACAUGCUUGACAGAGAGCAGCAGUCUCAAUAUAACAUAAUCAUUUUUGCAAAAGACGCAGGAGAACCAUCCUUAUCUUCAGAAAAGAACAUAGAAAUAAUAAUAUCAGAUGUUAAUGAUAACCGACCAGUGUUCUCACAGAGUCCUUAC